CCAACACUGAACCGGCACCCCGUCGACGCGCUUUAAAAGUGGAAAGCUGCAUACCUUCCUUUUGUCCUGAGCGGUAAAAGGCUUCCAUUGAUCAAACUCGUAGCCGCUAGGUACUCUGUGAUGUCCCAACGAGGCGUUCAGUGAGCCUUUGACCAACUCCAGUGGUUACAAGUUACAACUUACGCGUCUCGUUGAAACUGGGGUAAGCUCCCCGGUGAGGACCGGGGCGAACUCCAAACCAGCAGAAUGCCCAGCUCGGCGGGGUCAAUAAAAUGGCAUAUCUCGCGCAGCUGGGAGCCUUAGUCGACGAACUCGUCGCCGCUGUCAUGCCAAUCCCAGAGGCCCAACAUGAAAGACGGGAUGCUUGUCGCGAGUAUGCGCUGCGAAGUCUGCGCCAUCAUACCUUUACUCGCACAAACCAGUUCGAGGUGCAAGACCGCCUGAACGGACUGGAAGAGCGGUUCUGUGUUGUCGGCCGAGAUGCCUUGGCAGAAGCUCUGCGCAAACGGCUGGACGCCCUAGAGCCGCAUCGUAACCAAACCACGCCCGAGGUAUUGCACUUGCUGCUCGAACUCGCCGACCAGCCGGUGCAGAAGUCCAAGCUUAGCGACUUGGAUGCCCUUGUCCAGCAGCCCAAGGAAGAUGGACCACCCCCGUUGAGCUGGCGAGAGAUCGCUAGGGAAGAUGGCUGGAAACAGGAAAGGGACAUCUGGCGGCUUGUCGAUUAUGCUCCCGGCUCCAGUGAUGAGGAAGAUGAACCGGACGCGCAAUUCGAAGGAUCCCUCGAGUCUCUCACCACAGCGCCUUCAACUGAUGACGGGUAUUGGCGGACCGCGCAAGACCUGGCUACUAAGUCGCAGGGUGAUGAGCUGCUGAAGCAGAUCGAAGACGCCCAGUCGUGGAGACACGCAUCUGCGACCGAUGGGGAGGUCUUGUCUAAGAAAAUUCCGAUCUCGACCCCUCAGCUGCUUCGGGAGGUCCUCUACAUGCUAGCGGGUCUCGAGACGAGCUUGUUUGACUCACGGUGCAAUCCCAUCACGAAAUAUCAGCUCGACGGCGUCUCAUGGGACUCCUACAAGGUGCUGGUUACCUCGUUCGCCGAGUGCGGCCGGAGACUGGCUCCGUUACGAGUCUUUGCCAAGCAUAAGGAGCGGUCACCUCUUCGUCAAGUCUUCCAAGAUUGUGUGCAGAAAGCCAUGCACUCCCUCGAUCUGGAGCUGUCCUCGAUCCAGACCCGCCUCGUCGCUCCCGAGGAGGAUGUCGUCGUAAGCCUUAUGGAAGUUCAAGGGGAGCUGGCUCCCAAACUGGCACCACUGUAUGUGUUAGCAGAAAUCGUGCGUCAAGUCCUGGAGGAGCGAAACACCCACGCCUUCCGGUACCUUGAGCUGUUAUACGACGCUGUUGGGUUGGCACAGUCGCAAGGCGACCUUGCCACAUACCAGCUGCUUGGCACCAUCUUUUUCGAUUGCUUUCAGGUGUACCUGAAGCCCAUUCGGCUCUGGAUGGAGGAAGGAAAGCUUCUGCCUGGAGACCGGACGUUCUUCGUCUCGGAGUCACCAACAAAGCUCCCGUUGCCCCAGAUCUGGAAGAAGCAGUUCAACUUGCUGCGCACGACUGAGGGUAACCUCCAUGCGCCUCGUUUUCUCAGGCCAGCAAUCCACCGUAUCUUCACCGCGGGGAAAAGCAUCGUGGUGCUGAAGCACAUGAGGCAACAUGAAUCAACGACCAGCAAAUACCGCGCCAGUGUCGAGCCGAAGAUGGAUUUUGCGACGGUCUGUCCUGCAGACUCCGAGUUUGCGCCUUUUAGCGAGCUGUUCAGCGCCGCGUUCCACGCGUGGAUCGAGAGCAAGCAUCAUACUGCGGCCACGACACUCCGGGAGCUGCUCUUUAGCUCCUAUGGCUUAUCCCAGGGGCUAAACGCACUUCUCCACAUCUACCUGAUGUCAGACGGCUCAAGAUCCGAUACUUUCGCCUCGUCCAUCUUUCGACAUCUGGACAACUUUAGCAGCAGCUGGAGGGACCGCUUCACGCUGACCGAGAUUGCUCAAGAGGCAUUUUCAGGUUGCACCGAGGCCUACCGGUUGUCUGCGCAGGUUGACACGCGCGGUCCCGCCCACAGCGCACUCGCCUCCCGAAGCUCAGUCCGGCUCGGCCUCCCGGCCAUCCGACUCAAUUAUCGGCUGAGCUGGCCGGUGCAGAUCGUCAUCCCGGAGGAGGCCAUCCAAGGCUACCAAACAAUCUUCACCUUCCAGCUCCAAGCGCGCAGAGCCAUUUCCGUCCUACAGCACCCCAUUCUGGGCUUGCAGCGCAGCGAUGCGCGCGAAGCCAGCAUGGCAAGCUACUUCCUCCUCCGCGCGAAACUCCUCUGGUUCAGCAACACCAUCGCAACUUACCUCAGCACUCUCGUUCUCGCCCCGAACACGGCCAGACUACGAACUGAGCUCUGCGAAGCCGCCGAUGUGGACGACAUGAUCAACGCCCACGCGGCCUUCAUCUCGCGCAUCAUCAAUGAGUCCUGCCAGGGCCCCAAGCUGCAGCCCAUCCAUGCGCAGAGCGCCGAGAUGGCGAGGAGGGAAGAGGAUGAUAUGGAGGUCUCGCGGCUGUCAGUAAUGUCCUCACCAUACAAAUCGCCAGCAAAGGUUCAGGCGUGGGCGAAGGAGAGGAAGAGGGUGCGGGAUGAUGACGAUGACGAGGAGGAGCCGUUGAGUGGGAAGUGGGUGGCCAGGAUGGGGAAAGGCGUAGAUUCCAGGAAGCCAUACCAGUCGGUGAUGAAGGAGUUGAAUGGACAUUUUGAGAGGCAUUUUAGGUUUGUCGCUGGAGGCCUCAGGGGUGUGGCGAGGGCGAGCAGGGAGGAGGCGGCGGCGAAAUGGGAUCUACUGGCCGAGAUGCUUGAGGCUGGAAUCAAAGAACACCUAUAUGCGACACCGCUCUAGGUAUCAUGCGGAAGAUCAGAACGCUUAUAUUGCUCCGCG